GUUACAAAGGUUUAGCUGUCUCCACACAAUCAAGAUCUCCCCAAUGGCCACUCUCUUUUGCCACUCCGACACAUUCUCCUUCUUCUUUACUAUAUUUGUGUCACUGGUUCUUCUCAGUCUCCGGCAACCCUCUGCGGCGGCUAUUUGUCAAGCUCCGCCGGUUAUUUUUAACUUCGGAGAUUCCAACUCUGACACAGGCGGGCUCGUCGCUGGUCUUGGUUACCCCAUCGGCUUCCCUAAUGGACGCUUAUUUUUCCGGCGAUCCACCGGUCGUUUGUCUGACGGACGUCUUCUCAUCGAUUUCCUCUGCCAGAGUUUAAAUACUAGUCUCUUGAGGCCAUACUUAGAUUCAUUGGGUGGAUCAAGGUUCCAAAAUGGUGCAAAUUUCGCAAUCGUUGGAUCCACUACUCUCCCCAAAAAUGUUCCUUUUGCGCUCAACAUUCAGCUCAUGCAAUUCCUCCAUUUCAAAUCCCGAUCUCUCGAGCUCGCUUCUACUUCCAAUGGAAGUAUGUUCAUAAGCGAGGAUGGAUUCAAAAAUGCAUUGUACAUGAUCGAUAUCGGACAGAAUGACAUUGCCCGUUCCUUCUCUAAAGGUAACUCGUAUUCUCAAACGGUCGAGCUGAUUCCGCAAAUUAUUUCUGAGAUAAAAACCGUCAUGAAGAAAUUGUAUGAUGAAGGAGGAAGGAGAUUCUGGAUUCACAACACUGGUCCACUAGGUUGUCUACCUCAGAAACUUUCGAUGGUUAAGCGAAGAGAUCUCGACCAGCACGGUUGCUUAACCAGUUACAACUCGGCAGCGAAACUGUUUAACCAAAUAUUAGAUCAUAUGUGUGAGGAGCUGAGGACCGAACUGAGAGACGCCACCAUAAUCUAUGUCGACAUAUACGCUAUCAAAUACAGCCUCAUUGUAAACUCCAACAAAUACGGUUUUGGGAGACCGUUAAUGGCGUGUUGCGGAUACGGAGGGUCUCCUUACAACUAUAAUGUGAACAUAACAUGUGGGCAUAGAGGCUCUAAUGUAUGUGACAAAGGGUCUCAUUUCAUAAGCUGGGAUGGGAUUCAUUACACGGAGACAGCUAAUGCCAUUGUGGCCGUGAAGCUGCUUUCGAUGCAAUAUUCGAAGCCACCAACUCCUUUCCAUUUCUUCUGCCGUCGGUGAGAAUCAAAUUUGGAAGUUUUUUUUGGCGUCAAACUUUUUAAUGGUAAUCAAAUCACUAGACACAAUAAUAGAAGAGUUUGGUAGUCAAAGUUUCUUCAAAAACAAAGUAGAUCCAAAUGACAAAAUCUGGGAGAGCAAUUAAGUAGAUGGCAUACCAUUUCGUUGUUCAAAUUCAAAUGAACAAAAGAGAAUUUUGAGCAUUUCGGACGGAUUUACCCAUUUAUA